UUUGUUUUUUCGCGAACUUUUGAAAUUGUACAUUAUUUCUCGCGAAUUUUGCUUUAAAAUCAUGGGGWCAAAGUGCUUUUAUGAUGAGYAGCUAUGAAAUCAAACUUAUACUUGRURAUUAGCAAAAUCAMAAACGUUUUSUGUGCGAAAUCGACGUAUARAGUUGAGGAUAUUUUUUAGAGUGAAAUCUAUCAACUGAAAAAUUGCCGGAAAAUUUGAAGCAAGUCCUUCGUCGUUUCUGAGAAUAAUCGCUUUUGCAGCGAAGAAUAAACGAGUGAAGAAACUCUGGUGAGUAAAGAGAUGGAUGAAGCUGUUCAAGACGUUCAAGACAUAGCAAAAGAUAUUGAAAAACAAACAAUUACCAAACAGCAGUUUUCUUGUGAAAAAAUGGACAUCAAUAAGCAYGARGAGAYAAAUUUGCAAAAUACUGAAGAACUGAAGCUUCAGCUCGAAGAAAUWCCAGAAGAAAAUACUUCAAAGAGUAGCAAUGAUGUUAAUACAGUUAAUUCAGWCGUUCGRGAUAUUCUCUUUGGAGUUYUAGACAAGGUUUCUGCAGCUACCGUAGAAAAUGUACAYAUAGAACCCUUACWAAAUGGGAAUGGUGUUGUUGMCGAUKUAAAUACUACCAGSGACUUAAAUUUAMCCGAAGUUAAUGGAGAUAUUUCCAAAAAUGAUUUUCCAAAAAAUGKUGUCAAGAGAUCCUGUGAAGAUGCUGUACUUGAUGGUGUUGUGAUGCCAGCRAACAGUGACAGUUCUUAUGUUAUGAAUCUUGUCCAGGAAGAACUGGAUGCCGUAGAAAAGCAGCUUGAUACMAAGAAGGGUAUCAAAAUYGUUGACUAUGAUAGUGAUUCAUCUGAAUCCAGCUCAAGUGAUGGAGAAACUUCAGACAGCUCAUCRUCAGACUCUGAGAGUAGCACUAGCAGCGACAGUUCUGUAGAURAAAGGUAACUUUGGUUUAUUUUUAAAGCAUUUUUAUAAAAAAAA